AUGAGCUCUGGACCCCUAUAUUUGGGGUUCGAUCUCUCAACCCAGCAGCUCAAAGCCAUUAUUGUCUCCUCGGACCUCUCAGUUGUUUCUGAGGCCAAGGUCGACUUCGAUGCCGACUUCGGCGCCAAGUACUCGCUCGCCAAAGGUGUCCUAGUCAACAGCAAUGAGGGAGAGGUUUUUGCCCCGGUAGCCAUGUGGCUCGAGUCGCUGGACUUGGUGCUGGAGCGCCUGCGCGAGCGCAAGGCUCCCCUGGACAGAGUCAGGGGCAUCAGCGGCGCCUGCCAGCAGCACGGCAGCGUCUUCUGGAGUGACGCCGCCGCUUCCGAGUUGUCGGGCCUGGGUUCCAACAAGCCCUUGGUCGAACAGCUUACCGAUGCCUUCUCGCAUCCAUUUGCGCCCAACUGGCAGGAUCACAGUACUCAGGCCGAGUGCGACGAGUUCGAUGGCAAAUUGGGUUCCAAGCAUAAGCUGGCCGAGGUAACAGGAAGCGCGGCUCAUCAUCGCUUCACCGGCCCGCAGAUCAUGCGCAUGCGCCGCAAACGGCCCGAGGUCUAUGCCAAAACGGCCCGCAUAUCCCUUGUGUCAUCAUUUCUUGCUUCGCUCUUCCUUGGUGCCAUCGCCCCGAUCGAGAUUAGCGACGCCUGCGGCAUGAACCUGUGGGAUAUAGCCGCCGAUGACUGGAGCAGCCCGCUCCUCGACCUCACCGCAGGCGGUGCCGACCAGGUCGAUGCGCUGCGCGCCAAGCUGGGCGAGGUCAGACGGGACGGUGGCGGCAGCAUGGGCUCCAUCUCAAGCUACUUUGUCGACAAGUACGGCUUUUCCAAGGAAUGCCAGGUCGCCCCGUUCACCGGUGACAACCCGGCAACCAUCCUGGCGUUGCCGUUACGCCCCGGCGACGCCAUUGUCAGCUUGGGUACUUCAACCACCUUCCUGAUGAGCACGUCGCACUACCAGCCUCACGAGUCCUACCAUUUCUUCAACCACCCUACAACACCCGGCCAGUAUAUGUUUAUGCUUUGCUACAAGAACGGAGGACUGGCCCGUGAGAAGGUACGUGACGCGCUGCCGGCCGAGUCUUCCUACUCGGCCCCAGCCAGCACCACAGAUCCCUGGGCUGCGUUCAACAAGGCCGUCCUCGACACUCCCCCUCUGGACUGCCCCGAAGGAUCCAGUCGGGCAAAGAUGGGUCUGUACUUCUACCUCCCAGAGAUCGUGCCCAACGUGCGCGCCGGCACGUGGCGCUACACCUGCAACGUCUCGGACGGCAGCGACCUGACUCCGGCCUCGGAGGCCUGGGACAAGGCCAAGGACGCGCGAGCCAUCGUCGAGUCACAAAUCCUCUCCCUCCGGCUGCGCUCGCAGUCGCUGGUUGACCGACCCGACAAGGCCCAACAGCUGCCCGCCCAGCCGCGCCGCAUCUACCUCGUGGGUGGCGGCUCGCUCAACCCGGCCAUCGCCCGCGUCGUCGGCGACGUGCUCGGCGGCGCCGAGGGCGUCUACCGCCUCGACGUCGGCGGCAACGCCUGUGCGCUCGGAGGCGCUUACAAGGCCGUCUGGGCCCUCGAGCGCCGCGACGACAAGGAGACCUUUGACGAGCUCAUCGGGGCCCGGUGGCGUGAGGAGGGUGCCAUCCAAAAGGUCGACGACGGCUACCGUGAGGGUAUUUUUGAAAAGUACGGCAACGUCCUCGGCGCCUUUGACAGCAUGGAAAAGGAGAUUUUGGCCACGCAGUAG